UUGACAAAAAUAGGACUUACCUACGGGAAAUAAAAAGGGGAAAUAUUUACAUCAUUUCAUUUCUCCAAUAUUUUCCUGUAAUACAAGGUGCUAAAGCAAUUGCUCUCAAGUUACAAAAAUAAUUAUUGCACCACUAAAAUAACUGAUGAGCAGAAGCCCAGUGUAUUUUGCUGCAGUGUUUAAUUGUUUUUAUUACCUUAUGUUUUCUUGCAGUGAUAUUAUCAUAUAUCAACCUUAUGAACGCACCCAAAUUAAGAAGAGUGAUAUCCGUUCUGAAGAUCAAUUGCUUCCAAAACCUCCUAAUAUCACAAUGAACCAGAACCAGAUACACUUGACAUUUCCAGCCGAACAUCCCUAUACUUCCCACAUAAACAAAUAUGCAAUGUUUCCUAAAUUCACUUCACCAGAUGAUCCAUACACUGGUGUGCGAGGUGGAAAUCAACAGCCCAUUACUCCGAAUAUGCCGGCAAGACCUUACACUAUGACUGUGAAUAAAAAAAUUAGAGGAUCUGCAUACAGGCACGAAAUCCAGGAAAUCCCCUUUGCAUCUCAACAGAAGGGUUUACACUGGCCCGGGGAAUAUGGAUUUUAUCAUUAUCCAAAAUCAGCUCCAGGAUAUUCCCAAAUGUACUACCCCACACCACCAAAGGCUAUAGCUCCGAACAAUUUGUUGCGGCCAAUGGAAGUUACCGUGACUGAGAGAACAGCUAAUAUACUGAAAAACAUAGAAAAAGCACAAUGGCUAUCCACAUACAUGCGGGAUUAUACAGGCAAUGGAUCAAUGAAUCCUAUUGAAUUGGAUGAUUACCAUGAAAAAGUAAUUGCAGAAUUGGCAGGAAGAAGCAACUAUUUCGAAUCAGAACUAGUGAGUAAAUUGUAAAUUCAAGCAUUUGUCAUUCAAGUGGCACUGUAAACUUUUACACACUAUUGUGUGUGCAUAAACAUAGAUAUACCUGAUCUCUGUAAACAAAUUGCUAUGUCCACUGUCCAGGUGCCAGCAUGCUAAGAACCAGCAUGCAUUUCUUGGAC